ACCAUCUGGUCCAGGGCUGGGGAGAGCGCUGGGCGGGGAUCCGAGGAGGGAGGGGGUCUGUGGGCGGGACCUCCCGGGAUUGGAGUGGAGGGGGUAUCUGCUUGACAGUGGAUCCCCGGGGAUCUGGGCUGAGUUCGUGAUGCUGAAGCUCAGUCCGCCCAUGUCUGAGAGGAGCUUUGCGGAGCCAAAGCUCACAGGGAGAGCAGGAUCCUUGCGCGGCGUCUGAUUGGAGGAACCGAGCUGUAGGAUUUUUUCCGCAUGGAUCCAGUCUAGGGGAUCUGGUGGGGCAGAGGGGGCCGUCGGUGUGUGGAAGUAUUGCUUCGAAGUCCUUGGCCAUUCGCUGGGAGUGGAUGAAGAUCAGAGUGAUCCGGUGGAAACUGAGCCUCCCAGGACCGGGAUCCCAGCUGAUCCCGGGUUAUCUCAGGGCAGAAUCUACAGGGACAAAGGCCCCAGGAGGCUCAGGCUGUGGGAGAAGUGGGGCCACUGCAAUUCAGGUUCUCUAAGCAAUUGCCAAGCAGGACGCGAGCGAUCGCUGAUCUCGGCUGCGGCGGCGGCGGCGGCGGCGGCGGCGCCGGCGGCAGUGGGGAGACACCCGCUCGCGAGGGCCGACCGGGGGCGCCCUUUCGCGCCCCAGGUCUCCGGCCUGUGAGCUACCGGGAGCUGCGGGCGGACCAUGAAGGGUGGAGCCCCAAGGGAAGGGCUGGCCUUCACUCCCCAAUCCCCUGCUCCCCCCUCCUCCCCAGGCUGCAGCCUGGGAUCCCCCAGGGACUCCCCGUAGCCGCCGCUUCCCCCAUGGACUUGCCUGGGGACUCCAGCCCUCCUAGUCGGCCACGUCUGUGCCGCCAGCCCCUGGCUCGAGCAUUAUGGGGAGCCAGAAGCCCGAAACGGGCAAGGCUACAGACCCUGGUAGCCCCUUCACCCUUGGAAAAGGCCUCUCGGCGGGUCUUGGCCGUGGUGCUGGAAGAUGUCAUGGCUGCCCAUAUGGUCCCCCUAGUGCCCCGAGAGGAUACCUCCACUGCACAGCACGCCAGCAGCCAUCGGGAUUCUGUCCACAACCAGCCACCUGCCUUGCCACCCCAACAGGCCAUGUGGUCGUCCCAGGCCAGGCCUACUGACCCACUGAACUUAUGCCGAGAGCCCUUGAGUCGUGUCCACCGGCCUCCUUCCACCCUGAGGCGUCGAUCAAGGACAACCCCUGGCCCAGAGGAGGUCCCUUCACGAGAGGUGGACCGGGCCCCCCAGCCCACCUUGGUGGUGAUGCUAGAAGACAUUGCCAGCCCCCGACCCCCCACUGAGGGUUUCGCUGACGAGGCUCCCAGCUUCAUCAUCCCAGCGAGAAGAGCUGAGUCCAUGAAGAUGGUUAACCAGCCAGUGCCUCCACCCAGGGACCUGGAACCCCCAUUCCAGCCAUCUGUCCUGCCUGCAGACCCUUUGGAGAACCCAUCACCAGCCCCAGAUCCUGUUCUGGAGCCCCCAUCGACCCCACCGCCGUCCAGCCUUUUACGCCCCCGCCUCAGUCCCUGGGGCUUGGCCCCGCUAAAAAAACGCUCCAAGCAGAGCUUUGCUGACAUCUUCCUCACACCCAACAAAGCCCCACAGCCCCCGCCCCCAUCAGCCCCCAUGAAGUUGGAGUUGAAGAUUGCCAUCUCAGAGGCCGAGCAGUCCAGGGCUGCUGAGGGUACUGCAUCUGUCAGUCCCCGCCCCCCUAUCCGCCAGUGGCGGACCCAAGACCACAGUACCCCUGCACCUCUCCCUAAGCCCUCUCUGGGCCGAAGCCACUCCUGCCCUGAUCUGGGGCCCCCUGGCUCAGAUACCUGCAGCUGGCCCCCUGCUCCACACCACCCAAGCCGGCCACGGCCCCGGCGACACACUGUAGGUGGUGGAGAGAUGGCCCGAGCCCCGCCACCCCCUCGACCCUGUCUCCGGAAAGAGGUCUUCCCUCUUGGAGGAGUGGGAGGCUCUCCUCCCCUCGUCACAUCUUGCUCGUCCACCGCAUCCACUUCCUCCUUCUCUGAACCUGCAGAACCCAGAUUGGGGUCAACCAAGGGGAAGGAGCCAAGAGCCUCAGAGGACCAGGUGCUUUCAGACCUGGAGACCAAGACCAUGGGAAAGGUUUCUCGAUUCAGAAUACGCAAGACCCCAGCCCGUCCUCAACUAAACCUUACACCAAUGGGGCUGCCUCGACCGAUCAGGUUGAACAAGAAAGAGUUCAGCUUGGAAGAAAUUUACACCAACAAGAACUACCAGUCGCCCACAACCAGGAGGACCUUUGAGACCAUCUUUGAGGAGCCCCGGGAGCGCAACGGGACUCUGAUUUUCACCAGCUCAAGGAAGCUGCGGCGGGCUGUAGAAUUUCGGGACAGUAGCCUUCCUCGAUCCCGGCGACCAUCUCGUGGGGUGCGGGCUGCAACUGGCAAGACUCUUACUCCCAACCUGGCCCCCAGCCCAGAUGUGGGAACCCUGCUACAGCAGCGGCUGGAGGAGCUGGAUGCCUUACUCCUGGAAGAGGAGGAAGUGGACAGGGAGCAGCCCCAUUGGACCUAGGAGCUCCAUCUGUUUAUCUGUACAUCCAUCCUAGAGGGAAGGGAAGCCUCUGAGACCAUUUUAUUUUUUUCUCUAUAUUUCUAGUAAAGUUUUUGAUAUGUUUCUGA